GGAACCCUCCCAUCCCUUUGGAGAGUGUCAUGGUCUUUGAACAGACCCCGCAGGUGUCGCCGCGUAUUUCGCAACAUCGGAUCCCAGUCUUGCGAGGUUUGGUGGUUGACAGCUUGAGCUUUGGCACGUGUGUGAGGACGGCCGCCGCUCCGUUGAGGCGAACGAAGGUGUUGAGUCUCUUCCCGCGUUUCUUCGUUAAGUCUGAGUUGGAGGAUCCCAUCGAGUUGGCCUUUGAAGGAUCCGAGGUGUCUGUCCACAUGGAGCCUGGCGAUUUGGUGCCGGUGCAUCCUCCCAAUGACCGUGAGAGACUCUUCUUUCGCAGCGCUGGGGUGACAUCCCAAGCUUUCUCCUUCAAAGGACUUGAUGGAGUGGAGCGAUGCCGUACCUUCCAUGUGUCACGAGACCGGCAGAACUCCAAUACCAAUUCGGAGUUGAGUUUCGUGCAGGUGGAUGUGCAAAAAACCACCUUCCCGGCGAAGAAUCACGUCCCUUUGACCGAGGGCUAUUUCCUGGUCUUGCGGAAGGGUGACUUCCGAUGUGCAGAGGAUUUGUUGUUCCACUUCGACAACCAGACACCGCACAGUUUCUUCGCCACGAUUUCAGGGCUGCAAAGCAUGCCGAUGGCCUCCCAAAAGCUGCUCAUCUUGACCAGUGGAUCACAACUUUGGCAACACCUCGUUGGCUUUCAGGACCCAGAACAGUGCUUGAAGGUGCACGUCAAGUUGUGCCGUGACAACCGGGCGCUGCGAGACGAUCGAAGCAGCCGGGAGCUGGUGAGUCAGAGUUUGGGUCAUGCGGUAACCAGUCGGCUCCACGCCAAACCCUUCGCGCUGGAAGCCAGUCUGAGGUUGACCCAUGCCUGGUAUGAUCAGCCACCUAAUUCAGCGGAGGAUUCGAUGGAUUGCAUGGACGAUACAGGUCCUUAUCGUCUUGGCAGGUGGCGUCGGAGGGUCUUUGUGACCGGUGAGUUCUGCAUCCAGAGCUGGAAGGAUUCCGCCUUCGUCCCGCAGAAGGCCAUGGUUGAGCUCAUCCUGGAGGACUUGAAGAACCAGAAAGGCACUGAACCUGAGAUCUUUGUUGCGGGCAUCAACUCCGUGAAGCCGUGUCCUGGCGAAGACGUGAGUGGUGUGGCUGCUGUGAGGGGAGCUCUGCGAGACAAGUGGCAGGUCUCCUUCGUUUCGGGCGAAGCGAUGUGGAAAGGAUCCCUGCAUGGCUUGCCGGCGUGGCGUCAGCAGUUGAUUGAAGCAGCAGAAGCUCAGCAGGUGGUGGAGCUCCAAACUCGUCUGGAGCUUCGCUUCUCCACAUCCAGUGGAGGAGUGCAUCGCUUCACCAUUUGCGCAGCACCAGGGUGGUCGGGUGUUCGUGAGGAAGCUGAGGACCACAAAGAGAAGUCAAGUUGGACUUUGACCAUCCACGUCCCCAUUUUGUCGGUGAGUUGGAUCCAUCGCCACGAAGAGGUCCUGGCAUUGCGUUUGAAGGGCAUUCGCUUGGAGAUGGGGCAGCAUGCCAACGAACGAAACUUUGACAUCGGCAUGCAGCACCUUCAGGUGGACCACUUCAUCGAUGGUGGGGAAUUGCCAGUGGUUUUGAACCGACGUUUCUUGCACAUCAACAGUCGGUGGUUGCGAGAGAAGGCUGUGCAGAUCACAGCACGCUGGAUCGGUGGCAGCCACAUCAUCAAGAAGCUCUCGGUGAGUAUGGUUCCGUACUGGCUCAACCUGGAGCUUGGAGUGCUCAUUAGGCUAUUGGAUCUCGCCGAAUCCAUGGGCUUCAGGGAAGCAUCACCAGAUGAAGGUGUCCGCGUCCCCUUGGAACCGCCGCAACAGCCCUCAUCCCUGGCGGAUGCCAAACAUAUGGAGGUCUGGCGAUUGGAAACUUUAGUCGUGGAACCUCUACGUUUGACCAUCAUGGUGCGUUCGCCGGACGUGGCGGCGACGCGCGACAACACCAUCGCACGACGGAUCCGCUUCCUGCCCGUGGAUAUGCCCAACAUGGAUUUGAAGGUGGAUAGGACGGUGCUGACGAAUCAGUUCGGCUCGAUCCAACAGAUCUUGGGCACGCUGGGAAGUUUGUACAAGAGAAAGGCUCGAAACUCGGCUCUGUUGUCGGUGAUGCUCUCGUACAUGGCAGCCAUUUUGAAGGGAAGCAUGAAUGCCCUGUGGUGGUUGGCUCGUGGCCCUUAUGACGCUUUGGACGCUGCAAAUCAGAACGAAGGAGAGAGAGAUUGGUUCUUCUGGGUGGAUCCUUUGGUCCAGGGUUUGUCUGAGGGCACCUAUCGUGCCUUCGCAGAACUGGUAGGAAACGCCCUCUUUGGCGUGGUUUUGAUCCUGAACAGUAUCCGGCAGGUGAUUCUGGGCGUCCCAAGGCCCAGGGCCCAGAGUUUUCUGGACGGCAUCCUGCAGGGCUUCUUCGGCCUGGUGGUUGACACUUUCCUGACGCCCAUGCGGCAGCUAGUGCUGCAGACACAGAUCGCGUAUCACGACUGGGGCAUCUCUCGGGCCUCGCUGGUCUUCUGUUUGUGCCUACUAAGGGUCUUCUUGGGUCCUUUCCUGGGCCUCUUACACCUUUGCGCCUCCAUCUUGGAGGGAUUGGCGAACUUGUUGUUGCACGAAGAGGCGCAGUUCGCGCCCUUCGAGCUGCAACGUGCACCGGAACCCGAACCAGCGCGGACCCUGACAGGAGUGCCAUCAGGAGCCAAUCCUGCAUCACAGGUGGCCGUCCCUUUUCAAAGCACCUCCUACGGCAUCGGCGCUUGGGAUGCACCGGCCACUCCUCCGCCACAGGCUUCAACUGCCUUGUCGCGCAUUGCUGGAGGUCGCACUCCGCCUGCGAAUAGUUUAGGAGCCAAGAGCAUGCGCAUUACCGAGACUUCGUCGUGGUGGAGGAAGCGCUACUCCUUGGGCUCCUUGACCAACAUGUUGGCCGACGACGAUGCCGUGAUGGAUAGGAUGCAGCUACCAGUGCAGUAUGCCUUGAACCCUUGAGGAGCCCAGCAGACUCGGGGGAGCCAGCUCUGAACGGGUCGUGUGUCCGUUCGGAAC